UUUUUAGUUUCCUAGGAAUGUAAAUCGGUCUCCGGAAGCUAGGCUACCCUGAGAUAAGGUUGCUAGUUUAAAACAAACACAGGGCUUCCUAUAUAAGGACCAGACAGCCACCAGGCACCACCUCCACCAGGAAUUCCAGGCCCAUCUGUCCCCACCCAGCUGAGGCCAUGCCCUCCCUGGGGACCAUCUGCUGCCUCCUGCUUGUCAGUGUGCUCUGGGUGGACUUGGCCAUGGCAGGCUCCAGCUUCCUGAGCCCCGAACAUCAGAAAGCGCAGAGAAAGGAGUCCAAGAAGCCACCAGCCAAACUGCAGCCCCGAGAGCUUGAAGGCUGGCUCCACCCAGAAGAUGGAAGUCUGGUGGAAGAGGCGGAGGAUGAGCUGGAAAUCCGGUUCAACGCCCCCUUUGAUGUUGGAAUCAAGCUGUCAGGGGCUCAGGACCACCAGCACGGCCAGGCCCUAGGGAAGUUUCUUCAGGACGUCCUCUGGGAAGAAGCCAACGAGGCACCGGCCGACAAAUGACCAUCAAGACUGACAAGUGACAUCCACAAGACCAGCUCACCUUUGCUCUCCUCCCACCCUUAGAAGAGCUCACCUGGUUUUAGAUCACUUUCAAAACUCCCAGCUGAAUAAAUGUUCAAACUGUGUGCUAAAUGUUCAAAGUGGAAAUUAUUUCACCAGAGUAAAAUAUCACAUUUCACUGAGAGAAAAAAAUUCUUGGUAUGUGGAGGGUGGGAAGAGGAAAAAAAGGGUAUGUAGCAAGGCAGGUACGAAUGCUUAGAAAAGCAAACUAGACUAACUCCUACAAGCAGAUGGAGUAUUGGGGCAUGUCUGGCAGGAGGAGAAAGGGGGGAAAUGAAGGAGGGGUGGGCAGAGGGAGAGGAAGGAAAGACAGUUCCUUUAAGUAUCAGAUUCUUGAGCGCACCCAAGUUGCAUGGAGAGCCUAUGACCAAGAACUGCAUGGACGAAGUGCAGGUACAUUAUCAGAGCUAACAUCCACUGAAUUAACAUUCAGGAGCAGAACAGGAUGCUGGGAAAGGCAAAGCAUGUGUUUGAAGCCUCAUUAAGUGGGAUGCUAACAAUAGCUACUUGCCACUGCUGGGCAGGGCUGAAAUAACUACUUCUUCCUCCUCGUCCACUACUGAGGAGACCUGGCGAAGCAGAUGCCGCCUCACUGUGGGCAAGGCUGGCCGUUGCCUUCAUUACUUCACUGACACCAGGUAGGUGUCCCAAGACAUUUCCAUUCCAGCUCACAGCUGAAAUGAGCCUUGCUCCUUCAGUUCCACUAGUUCUAGUGAAGACACCACUCUUCCUGGGAAGACUGUCACUUAUUGUUUAGCAUGACCAUGUGAACUGAUUAUUGCGAGCUGGUGACGAUGGAUGGGUGAAUCAUUAAGGGCAAAAAACAAGGAGGCUCCAAAGAGAAGCACUGCCAACCUGCCCGGUCAGACAUAUGAACGAACGCCUGUUAGAAAUACAUAGGAUACCCCUCUGUAGAGAGUGGGAGUAACAGCUACAUUCUGGAAAAACCUCUAUCACAGAGGGCUCCAGGAGCCAAGCAUCUUCUUGAGUCAAACUCUGGCCACCUGGCACUCAAGGCACAGGCCUAGAGGAACUAUCCACUUGUCAGUCGCACUGAAACACAAAUGCCCUCCGUCAUAGAGAAACUGCAGUCUGUGGGACGUCACUGUCAUCUAGAAACCUCUCAGAAAUGCAGACUCUCAGGCCCCACCCCUGCCCUACUACGUCAGGAUCUGCAUUUUAACAAGUGGCUUGGAGACAACUGGAUCGAGCUCAGGCAGCACAGCCACUGCAGCCAGAUCACUGCGCCUGGCAUACAACAGAUGCCAACUGUCACGUGACAAAAAAUUCAGACCUGGCCAGAUGGGGCCCUCAACAAAACUGCAAACACAUGAAAAAGGUGUCCUGUUUCUUCUCUCACUUACCUUCUUCCCAUCACUCUAGUUCCAGCUGUCGUCAACUCCACGUCCUUCCCUUGGGCAGACCACACACACACACACACACA